AUGCAGUUGACAACCGAAUGUCUUAAAGCUCUUAAAUCCCGUGAGUCGGACACACCCUCACUCCACAAAUAUUUAAAGUUUCAAUUACAAGAAGGAAACCUUGAAGCUGAGGAAACGGAGCAUCUUCGAUACAAUAGUGACCUAAUUAUUAUCAGCAAGUAUUAUUCUGAAUCGUCUGUCAUCAACUACCUUGCUGGUUUCGUACUGGCAUUGGGAAAGGUUUCGUACUUGUUGAUGAGAGGCUUGUGCCGUCACCAACUACCAUGCUGGUUUCGUACUGGCAUUGGGAAAGGUUUCGUACUUGUUGGCGAACAUGCCAUAAAUUGCGGUGUGUUAAGUGAAGUGCUACAAAUUCUAAAAGCGAACGAAAUGGAAACUCAGAUCUGCCUUGAACAGACCUAUCAUAUUCUGGAUGUGACAAGAGAUACUCGAGAACAGGGCUUAUUAUUACGAAGGACAAUUACUAAUAAGUUUGAAAGACGCGUUUUGGACGAUAGCUUGAAUCUAGACAAAAACAAAAAAAAAAAUCUGUCGUUAUCAGAAAAUAAAGAAUCAAAAAAGGUCAAUUUCACCAGCAGGGAUGUGGAGGACGAUGAUUUCAUUAGCAAUAAUAUAGCCGAAGGACCUACACAUUCAAAAGCUACAUCGUCAUUAUCGGGUUCACAAUCCUUGGAAAUGCCAAUUGAGACAGAAAGUACAGGGUCUAGCAGAGGAGCUACGGAAAUGACUAGUGAUAUGAACGAUGUUAAUAGUUCCGGGUGUGAUAUACCACGUACUCCGCCUCAUCAAAUUUGCUCUACAUAUAAAAAAUCUAAACGAUUAAGGCAAGAAAAACAGCGAGUGAAAUCCACGUAUGAACCAAUCUGUUCAAAUAUAAUCGUCACAACAUGGGAUCCUUUCACUAAUGAGGCUACAAAAUAUAUCGAUGAAUUAAUCGAUAAUAUAUGUUCUAAGGAUUUGUCACUAAUCAUUGUUUUUGAAGCUCCACGAAAUUCGCUCUUAGAUAAAAACUCUGAAGGUUGGCUGAAUUGUCAUGUCUUGACUCCGUUGAUUGAUGAUUGCUUUUUGACAUGUGAAGAGAUAUCGUUGGCAUCUACUGAACAAACAUACGUUGAAGAAGAUCCACAAAACUCCAAACCGAUUUCCUACAAGCAUAAAAUUUUGCGAGAAAUGAAGAAUUAA